UGGGACAAAUCCCCCCUCAAAUAAAGCCACUGAUGAAGAAACGAGAGGAGAAAGUGGGAAAGAAGGUGCGGAACAUACAAAAAGGUCACAAGGACAUCUCAAAGGCUUCAGUCUUUCUUUAGAUUUCAAGGAUGAAGACACCAGCGGAGAAACUAAUGAAGGAAACUUGUCUCCACCAAGUAGCCCUACCAAAUCAGAAGGUGGUUUGAUGAAGUCAGAGUCUCUUGACAUUGCAGUACUGGGCCAGCAACACCAGGCAAAUCGUAGCCCUGAAAGCAUUUGUAGAGUAAAGGAGGAAGGAAUGGAUCAUCGGCAACAAGGGUUUUGGCAGUCAAAUAAAGCAAUCAAAACAUCACAUGAGGCAGGAGAAAAUUCAGAACCUGCACCUCCUAUAAGGAAAGCCAGGGUCUCUGUACGUGCCAGAUGCGAAGCACCAACAAUGAACGAUGGGUGUCAAUGGAGAAAGUAUGGGCAAAAGAUAGCCAAGGGCAAUCCCUGCCCACGAGCAUACUAUCGCUGCACUGUGGCCCCCGGAUGCCCAGUUAGAAAGCAGGUACAAAGAUGUCCAGAUGAGAUGGCUAUACUAAUCACAACAUAUGAGGGCAGUCACAACCAUCCACUUCCAAUGGCUGCCACUGCCAUGGCAUCAACCACAUCAGCAGCAGCAUGCAUGCUUCUCUCUGGUUCAACCUCAAGCAUGGAAGCCAUGAACUCCAACAAUCCCUAUAUUUCUAGGUUAGACCAAUGCUUUGCUUCCAAUCCCACCAUUAGUACCUCAUCUUCCUUUCCCACAAUAACAUUAGAUCUCACAAAAAACCCCACUUCACAGUUAAACCUACGUAAUUCAAUAGCAGCUGGAUCAUCCUCCACAUCUUUGGCUUCAACCUUCCCUCUUCCAUUCCGAUACCCAUCUGCUGGAUCAAACAUGCUUUCCAAUCCUCAUCUAAAUAACACAAUACUUCGCUCUGAACAUUCCUUACCGGUGGGCUCUAGUUCCAAUCCCUGGAGCAGCACCCAUCUCUACUAUGGCCAACCUCCUCCUCCUCCUCCUUAUGCCAGACCCAAUUCUUCCAUUUCCACUACAACCACAACAAACUAUGAUCUUGCAAACCAGAGGUUCCAAAAUCCUCUUGACUCAUCUCUCAACAAUCCUGCUGCAAGAGCCAUUCAAGGAGUUCUCUCAAGAUAUUCCUGCCAGUCAUUGAUUCAGAAUGUAAUGUCUGACACUUCUGCAAGAAGCACUGUCACCACAAGCAACACUUGUUCUACCACUUCAUCAACUCAACAUUCUCUGGCAGAUUCUGUCAGUGCUGCAACUGCCGCUAUUACUUCAGAUCCCAAUUUUACAAACGCCCUUGUGAAUGCAAUAGCCUCCAUUAUCAGUCAGGGCACACAAACUAAAGGAGGAGCAAGCAAUGGAGGAAAUAACAUAGUGCCUAAUUCUGAUCAAAGGAAAUGGGGAGAACCCAUUACAGAUCCUGCUGCUUUGAGAGCUUCUCCUCAUACUUCUCAGAAUAAUAUACUUUUUUCAUCUGCUUCUGUCCCUUUUUCUGGCAAACAUUGGCCAGCCACUGAGAAUCAGAACCGUUAAUAGGCAAAAGAAAAAACUGUCUGAAAGGCUUGAUGACUAUUUGCAAGAUAGAAGACUUGCUUAAUGCACCUCAAUUGCAUUAUAUGAUGCACAUGAGGUGCUUUAAGGAUUUCUGAUUCCUGCUAUAGUCAUAGCUGUAAUAAACUGUAAGAGAUCUCAAGCUCCUAACAUGGCAACGGCUAUAAAACCCAAUAUGGGUAUACAGAUGGAUGCCAACAAACU